GCCCGAAGCGCAGCUCAUCAUCUCCAUUAAAAAAAAUUUAAGAGAGCUAAAGCGAAAGCUAAAUGACUAUAUACGAUAAGAAGGGUAACCAGAUAAUAGCUUAGGAAUAUGGUAUUGAAAUCAACUACUGCUGGGAAUGUAUCCAUUUACCAAGUAUCAGGUACCAAUGUUUCACGUUCUUUACCAGACUGGAUAGCCAAGAAAAGAAAGAAGGCAUUAAAGAAUGAUUUAGAAUAUCAAAAUAGAAUAGAAUUAAUUCAAGAUUUUGAAUUUAGUGAAGCAUCUAAUAAAAUAAAAGUUACACCUGAUGGACAAUUUGCUAUGGCUACAGGUACUUAUAAACCUCAAAUUCAUGUAUAUGAUUUUGCAAAUUUAUCAUUAAAAUUCGAUAGACAUACUGAUUGUGAAAAUAUUGAUUUUAUUAUAUUAUCUGAUGAUUGGACAAAAUCAGUUCAUUUACAAAAUGAUAGAUCGAUUGAAUUUCAAACUAAAGGUGGUAUACAUUAUAGAAGUAGAAUUCCAAAAUUUGGUAGAAGUAUUGCAUUUAAUCCAGUAUCAUGUGAUUUACUUAUUGGAGCAGCUGGAAAUGAAUUAUAUAGAUUAAAUUUAGAUCAAGGACGAUUUUUAAAUCCUUUCCAAUUAGAAACUGAUUUAGGAGUAAAUACAGUUACAAUUAAUCCAGUUCAUGGUUUAACAGCUGCUGGAUUAGAAGAUGGUACUGUUGAAUUUUGGGAUCCAAGAAGUAGACAAAGAGCUGCAAAAUUAAAUGUAGCUGGACAAAUUAAUGAAAGUACUCAAAUAACAGCUUCAGCUUUUAGAAAUGAUGGUUUAAAUUUUGCAUGUGGAACUUCAAGUGGUAAAAGUUUAAUUUAUGAUUUAAGAGCUCCAUCUCCAUCAAUAGUAAAAGAUCAAGGUUAUGGAUUUGAAAUUAAAAAGAUAAUAUGGAUAGAUGAAAAUGAAUCUGAUUCUAAUAAAAUUCUUACAUCUGAUAAAAGAAUUGCUAAAAUAUGGGAUAGAAAUGAUGGUAAACCAUUUGCAUCAAUGGAACCAAGUGUUGAUAUUAAUGAUGUUGAAUAUAUUAAAAAUUCAGGAAUGUUCUUUAUGGCUAAUGAAGGUAUGCCAAUGCAUACAUAUUAUAUUCCAAAUCUCGGACCGGCUCCAAGAUGGUGUUCAUUCUUGGAUAAUGUAACUGAAGAAUUGGAAGAAAAACCAUCAGAUUCAGUUUAUUCUAAUUAUAGAUUUAUUACAAGAGAUGAUGUCUUGAAGUUAAAUUUAUCACAUUUAAUUGGUUCAAAAGUAUUACGUUCUUAUAUGCAUGGUUUCUUUAUUGAUACUGAAUUAUAUGAAAAGGUUAAUUUGAUUGCAAAUCCUAAUAGUUAUAGAGAUCAAAGAGAAAGAGAAAUCAGAAAGAAGAUUGAAAAGGAAAGAGAAUCAAGAAUUAGAUCUACCGGUACUAUUACCAAUACUAAAGUUAAAGUCAAUAAAGAUUUGGCUAAUAAAUUACAAGAUAAAAUUGGAUCUGAUGUUGCUGAAGGUGUUAUUAAUGAUGAUCGUUUCAAGGAAAUGUUUGAAAAUCCAGAUUUUGCUAUUGAUGAAGAAUCUCAUGAAUAUAAACAACUUAAUCCAGUUCAAGCUGUUAAAGAUAUUUCUAGUACUGAAAGAUCUCGUGGUUUGACAGCUGCUGAAGAAUCAGAUGAAGAAAGAUUAAAUGGUAAUAAUGGAGAAUUAUCAGAUGAAGAUAGUGAAUCAGAAGAAUCAGAAGAAGAUUCAGAAGAUGAACAAGAAAAAGAACUUAAGAGAAAGAGAGUUCAAAAGGAGAUGGAAAGAUUACGUCGUAAAAAGAAGGAAGAAGAAGAAGCUAAAAGAUUCAUGAAUGAAAUGAAAGUUAUGACAUCAGAAGGUCCACAACAAAGGGCAGCUGAAUCAUUUGCAUCUCAAGUUAAAAAGGUUAAUAAGACCAAUAAAGGUUUAAGAAAGGAUAAGAAUACAGUAUUACAUCGUCAUGCAAGAGGUGAAGCAGAAAUGACAUUUGUUCCUAAGAAAAAGGAACGGAAAAAUGGUAAAUUUAGAUCUGAUGAUGGAGAUAAUGAUGAUGAUGAUAAUACCAAAGAAAACAAUAAAGGUAGAACCAAACAAAGAUUUGAAGGUCGUAGAAUUGCCUCUAGAAAUCAAUUCAGAGGUAUGUAAUAUUAUACCCUUUGUAUAUAUAGUAAAACUCGUCAUAUAUAGCAUUUUAAUGUAUUAAUAACAUUUUGGUCUUCGCGACAAUUUUGCGUCCUAAUAUUUUUUUUUUG